AGAGGGUGGGGGGGCGCAAAUCAAGGCGAUUGACGCGCGCGCGACCAUGUAUGAGGGGAGCCCGGUUUGCGAAAACAUCGGACGCUGCGGGAAAAAAGUAGGCACAAACGUCGUCUUACUUCGUCGCGUAAACGCGUUCUGCCAGGUUUGACCGCCGGAACGUUUUUCUUCACGCACCGUCGGCCGGUACGGCGGGAAACGUCUCGACGUGAUGGACGCACCUGCCAAGCGCGAGGCCAAGCUAAGCUAAGGCUAAAGUCGAGCUCAUUCACUACCAAAUAAAUGUGCUUAGUUAAAUACGGGACUUGCGUUUCGAUGUCUUUUGGUCUUCAUGAAGUUUUAAUUGUCUCACACACUCAGCUGUAAACACCAGACGGAGAUCCAAGAUGCCCAUUCCUCCCCCUCCCCUCCACCCCAGGUGGACCCCUCCUCCCCCACCCUUAGCCAGGUAGGCGAACACCACCCCUCCCAAGCUGAGCCGGGAUGAAGCGAAGGGCAGGGGGGCGUUGCUCACUGAUAUCUGCAAAGGGGCCAAGCUGAAGAAAGUUGGCGUUGUCAAUGACAGGAGUGCACCUUUGAUAGAGAAACCCAAAGGAAGUGGCGGAGGUGGGUCCGGCAGUGGAGGGCCUUCUGCGCCGGUCCAGCCAGUGGGGGGGCUGUUUCAGGGUGGCGUCCCAAAAUUGCGACCUGUAGGAGAUGGUUCCACAGGCAGGUCUGGUCUGCACCCUCCUGGGACUCGCUCUGCUGCACCUCGCCCACCUGGCGGCCACGAGGACCCCGACAGUGCGUCUCAGCAGGCCUCUCCUCCAGAGUCUGGCCGUUCCCAGAGACCGUCCCUGCCUGAUCUCUCCCGUUCCCCCGGUGGAGGCAGCAGCCCGUCUACCGGCAUGAAGCACAGCUCUUCUGCCCCGCCUCCGCCGCCCCCCAUGUCUCGGCGUGGAAACGCUCCCCCUGCCCCGCCACAGAAAGCGACGGCGCCCUUGUACAACCGCGAAAAGCCACUUCCGCCGACUCCAGGGCAGCGAGGACCCUCUCCAGCGCCGGUGCGUGAAAAUGCACCACCCCCACCAGUGAAACCUCCUCCAUCACCUGCAAGCAGCCGCUCGUCUUCAUCCUCCUCUUCCUCCCUGGCCCCACCGCCGCCCCCUUACCGCCAGCAGUCUGGGCUUUCCAAUGGCCCCUCCAGUCCUGUGAACGAAGCAGCCCCUGAACUGCCCCAGAGACACAACUCACUCAGCAAGAAGCCUUCGGCAGGUGGACACACACCGACGCGCGGACAUGCGCCACCUCCACCACCAUCACCCACCCCACAGGCCACCAGACCCCCUCCUCCAGCACGAGAUCCCCCGGGACGAGGAGCAGCUCCUCCGGUUCCUGGGCAGCCAUCACGAAACGGCCGGGACGCUCCUCCGCCGCCUCCACCUCCUUACCGGACUCAUGGCACUCCCUCGGAUGUCCCGAGCCGAGGCAAGCCCCCUCCUCCCCCCCGCACACCAGCCGGACCCCGCCCCUCCCCGCCUAUCCGCAAUGGACACACUUCCAUUUCCCGUUCCUUUGUAGAUGAUUUUGAGUCCAAGUAUUCUUUUCAUCCUCUGGAUGACUUCCCUCCUCCAGAAGAGUAUAGACACUUCACUAAGAUAUACCCAAGCAAAGCUAACAGAGCAGUAAUGCGAGGAGCCCCUCCUCUGCCGCCCGUUGGGAGGUAAACACUGUGACCGGUCGCUCGGGGCUGCAUCGGCGACGAGGGUUCUUCACACAGACCCAUACGCUCAUCAACAGACAAUCUCACACGCACAUCUAAAGACACAAAGCCUGCACCUUAUUAACAGCCAUUUCCUCAUCGGAUAACAUUCCUCUACGUACAAGCAAGCUCCAUCGUAUCACUUUCGUCCGGUGCGGAAGGUCGCCUUCGCUCAGAAAAGAGUGAGAUGAAGGAAAGUACUGCAUUCCACCGUCAAUAACGGCCAACUUAAUAUCGUUUUCCUCUUGUAUCUAGGUAGCAUCGCGCAUUUGAUUGGAUGUGCACUGAGAGCUAGAAGUGGCCGUCAGAGCCUGUAUGUAGGCGGAGCAUAGCACUUGAAACGGGAAGCGGAGAGCAUGUCCCUGGAAAAUGUCUUAACUUCUACGUCAGGCAACGCGUUCGAUGUUUUGUUGGCGGUUUUUCCUCUCAUUCGCGACCCCGUGUCAUGCACUGUGAAUAAUCACUCGGAGCAGGCGGCGUCUGAGUGUGAGCCGAACUGUAAAAACUGUUAGCUUUAGAUGUUUUGGUCUUUUUGUCCUGGUCGUGCCCCUUUCAGGGAACAGCCAUUAUCUUUAAGUUCUCUCAGGGGCUUUGUUGGACUUCAUUACCCUCCGGUAAGUUUGUGAACGAAAGGUCCAAAAGUGCCAACAGAUGCUCUGCCAUUAAUAAAUCAGCAUGGCUCCUUCAGUCGUAACGCAUCUUCCUUUGGGAAACCGGUAGGUUGAUUGCCUUCUAUCGUUUGUUCUAAAGACGGACCAUGGGAUUUUAAAACGUUUUUUUUUUUUCAAGUUUGGAGUCGUCGUCCUGCAAUAAUCCUCGCACUUUGUGCCGCAUUGUGAGUCUUGGCUUUUGUCAUUUUCCCGUUGCAGAACGGCACGGCUAUGCUGCUUGCGUUAUCGUUUGAAAGCAGGCCUUGUCCACAUGCUGCCUACGGAGCGGUUUUGUAGAGCGGCGGUUGUGUCAAAGACAGCCUUUGACGGUGUGUGAACUUGAUCUAGGACUUUCGUCGCUUCGCGGAACUCAAGUUCAGUGCAUGCUGCUUUUUUUGAGACAGACCUCCAAUAUAAACGUUGGGUAAAUUUGCAUGUAAAAACGCAAAGUUUUACUUCAUUUUCUUCAGUUUUUUCAUCCGGUCUUUGGAUGACAAGAUCGUAAUCAAGCGUUCUGGAACGGUUGUCUUAUACUAUAUAGUAUUGCUGCAGAAAUGUGGUACCUAGUCAUUUCAUUACCGCUCAUGUUCAACUAAGUUUCAGCCUGCUGAUAACCACAUCCCAGUUUAUCCACAGCUUGUUAGAUCUUCCCGUUUAUACGUUCAGGUUUGUUCUUCAGAGAAUAGACUGCAUUGCAGAUCUACAGAAGAGCUAACUGUUCAUAAAUGGAGUAUAGAUUAGAUGGACAGUAGUAAACUCGCUCCCACCCUCUUUGUUGUUCUGCCUUACUGAUUGUGUCGGUACGGGAUUUGUAAAAAAAUAAAAAAAAAAAGGAAAGAAAUAGUGUAUUUACGAGUACAUAGAAAGAUAUAGUAGUGAUAGUUAUUAAUCUAUUUUUAAGUUGUAAAAAGCUUGUAAUAUAGUAAAUAAUUUGAGGCAAACAUAGGAUUCGAAUGAAUUCUCGGACUAAUCGUUACUGGAUAGAAUGUCCUCUCACAUGAAUACGGCUGAGGAGGUUUUCUUAGACUAAUACUUGUCUUUCUUCGCCUGCUGUCCGCCGGCAGGUGUCAGUGAACAUGUCUUUAGAGGAGCAUAACUUACUCACAUUGAGAGUAGACGACUGUCAUUGUCACCAUUCCAUGCUUAACUAAAGCUUAUCCACACCUGUUGAAAUAAAGCUGAGGAAAAAACAUG